GGUAUACCACCGUUAGCAUCAUGGACGAUUGCAUCGCUGCAUGAGCUGAAAACAACUGGCAAUAGUACAAAUUUACAACUUAACGUUGAUCCUGAUAUCGAUUAUGGAAUACAAGUUUGUGGCGUUUACAGUGAACAUUGGAAGAAACCAAAAUUUGAAUUGAUGCGUGUCAUACCUUUCAUAUGCACGUCCUGCAAAACAACUCCGGUGGAAUCAUUCGGACGUUGCGGUGAAUGCACCAAAAUCGAAGGACCGUUACUAUUUGGGCGUCGUUGUCAUCCGAAAGGCGGAAUUGGUUGCACCUUAGCUGGAAACAUUUCCAAUUCUUUUGAUACCAAAGAUGAAGACUUAUUAAAUCAAUUAACAGUACUGCCAUCAGAUGUUUUCAUUGAUUUACCACCUGAUAACGCAAAAACGAAUGCGCUUAUUCGUAAAAAUUCCGAUACUUCAAUUCCACAAAUAUCAAUCAAAUCGACAACUAAAUUAGAAACAUCUUUGUCAACACAUACUGUAGAGAUAACAUCACCUGUACCUCAUAUCACAAAACAACAAACAGAAGGAUCAUCUGGCAAUUUGGACAGAGCAAAACAAACGAUAGCACCGAAUAAGGAUAUUUUAGAUAAAGUUGAACUCACUGCUACAGCAUCAAAUUUAGCAAGUGAAAUCAAAUUUUCAACAUUUGCUGAACAUUCUCGAAUUAUAACAGCAUCAAAUAAGAAAUCGGAUCUAAAUUCAUGUGUUCUUUCUAAUGGUGUCAUCUGCGAAUUUGGUUGCAUCGAUCAGAGAAAGUGCAAUUGUCCUGAAAGCGCUCAUGUCCUAAUGGAUAAUGGCGCAUGCUUAUCAAAUUAUCGGCCCCCGCCUUUCAUAUGCUUCUCAACCACUGAUGUAAAAGCCAUUUGGAAUCCAUGGAUGCAUACAUUGCAAAUUCAAAGCAGAAAGAUCUACAAUGAAAUUAAAAUGCAUGCAAAUUAUGAUCGAAUAUUUCUGGAAUUUGGACAUGUGAAGCAUAUUGCGGAAGAAAAAAUUUCAUUUAAUGGGAUUAUUUUUGAUGAGCGAAAUGAAAAGAGUAAUAAAGUGGUCGUUAGAAUUGACAAGAUUUUACAAAAUGGACUAUUUCUAACAGCUCCUUAUUCAUUCUACACAAAUCAAACCAUUAAUCCAUUAACAUAUCAAUACGGUUUACGUAUUUGUGCAUUUAAUAAUUCUGAAAUAAAAAAUCCUUUUACAGUAAAUUGGACUCGAAGUACGGAACAAUCGAUAUUCCAUUUAAGUGCAAUUCAAUUUGAACGUCGCCUUGUUGGAAAUGUAGUUUCCAAUGAGCAGAAACAAAUAACCAAAAUGGCAUUCGUCAUUGUACCAAUAAUUCUAAUCGUUUUAUUGGUGUUCCUUUUGGCAAUUAUCAUUUAUAUGAAUUGUACUCGGCUGAAACAUUGUUACGAUCGUCGAAAGACUCGACAUUUUCGUCCAUUUAUUUGGAAUGGUAAUAUACCACCAACAAAUAAUGGUGCAAUAUAUGAGAAGCAUACAUCAGUGAUCACAAAAUCAACAUUUUAA